AUGAAACUUGCAGUUCUUGAUGAAUUUCUCAGUGAGAAAAACUUACGAGAUCAAGUGGAAGUGAUCAAUAACCUGUACGAACCGAGUGACGCAAUUUUGAAGUUCACUGCACGUAGUGAGGUAUUCAUGGAUCAGGCGAGGGCUGCUGUUAGAACUUAUGAGGAGUUUGUUGAACUGAUUCGAUCCCAUUUAUUACAAUUGGUAAAUGACACAGAACGUGUUGGUCCUACUUCAAAAGAUAUGGGUAAUAUAUGUGAUAUAAUAUCCUCACAUCCAAGACUAGGUGAAAAUAAAAAUUUGUCAAUUCAUUCUCAAAAUGAGCAGAAAAAUCUACAAAAAAACCGUGAUUCAGCAGAAAUUCAAGCACGGUUGAAGGAAUUGAAUGAGGAAUACGAAAAAGUUUAUCCUGGGUUGAAGUUUAUUGUAUUUGUUAACGGUAGAAAAAGGCCUGAAAUAAUCAAGCUUAUGGAAGAAAGAGUUGGAUCUGGGAACACUUGGUUCGAAGAAGCCAGGGUUGCCAUGAACGAAUUAUGCGAUAUCGCGCAGGACCGCAUCAAGAAGUGGGAGGUCGAAUCACUCCAAUCAAAGUAUUGA